CACUGUUGCUAGGAUCCCAUGGCGGCUGCGCGAUGGGCGAGCCGAGGCGAGCAUUGAGUUGAAUGAGUUCUCGCCACAGUUGAAGUGAGGCAGCCGUCACUGCGGGACGCAGCCCGUGGCGCCGCGGAGGAAAAGACAGCAGCCUCCCGAGCACCACCACCAGACGCUGGCAACACGUUGCCGUGACGCGUGAGCUAGCGUCGCGGCUAGCCGUGCCAUGUCAUGACGCCGCCGAAGAUUUCCUCCACAUCUGUCCGCGGUUACUUCGAGACGCACCCUGUUUUCUCACCACACCGGUGACCGAAACCCUAUCUUGCUGGAGGUGCUCGCCUGCAUUUGUAUAGUCAUAGAACGCGAACCCUUGGAUACAUUCGUGGGUUUUGGACCGUGAUGGCCGAGCGAACCUCUGCCGGACUACUGACCGUGACGCUGGAGCCCACGCCGGCUGUCGCGAUGACCCUGCCGGCGGAGGUCCGGGCCAAGUUGGCCGAGCUGGAGUUGGAGCUCUCUGAAGGGGACAUCACUCAGAAGGGGUACGAGAAGAAAAGAAGCAAACUGUUGGCACCGUUUAUCCCACAGAUACAAGGUGUAGAUCCUUCUCUACAGAUCGACAGCCGGAUCCAGGCCUCUUCCCAGGCUAUUCUCUCCGACUCCAAACACAACAAAUCUCGGGCAGCCAACACCAGGGAUGAACGCUUCCGCUCCGAUCUACACACAGAAGCCGUCCAAGCAGCUUUGGCCAAAUACAAAGAAAGGAAGAUGCCAAUGCCAUCCAAGAGACGAUCUGUGCUAGUACAGUCCUCUGUCGAGACAUGCACUCCGCCAGACACUUCCUCGGCGUCGGAAGACGAGGGCUCGUUGCGGCGAAAGGGACGUCUGACCAACUCCACGCCCAACCAGACUCACGGCCACCCUGCUGUCGAACACUGGUUUAACCGGGUGAUCCAGGGUUCGUCCACGUCAUCGUCUGCUUCGUCCACCUCGUCCCACCCGGGAGGAAGAGCCACCAAUACUAAUAACACUCCUCUCAACGCCAACACCAAAGCUACAGCGCUGGCUGACCUUAUGGCACAUACACACCUAGAUAACCACAUAGCUCCUCCAGAUGUGACGGGCCUCUCGGAGCGCUCAUCCAUCCACGCAGAGCAGUCUCACGUCACUUCGAUACGGGGCGUGUCCCGUAGCUACAACCACCACACCAGCAUCAUGGAGACGGCAGAUGGCUGUGAAUGGAGAGGUGAGGGAUCCCUCAGUUUGAUAAAUGGUGUUCCAGUCAACAGCCGAGUGUCCUCCAAAAUCCAGCAAUUGCUCAACACACUGAAAAGACCGAAGCGACCACCUUUGCGAGAAUUCUUUGUGGACGACUUCGAGGAGCUCAUGGAUGUCCAACAACCCAAUCCAAACCAGCCAAAGCCAGAAGGACAACUGAUGUGCCCCCUUGAAGGAGAUCAUCUUGGAGUGGUCACCAACUGGCCACCCUCAUUGACAGCAGCCUUGCAACGAUGGGGAACCACCCAGCCCAAGAGCCCUUGUCUGACGGCGCUCGAUAACGCCGGCAAACCUGUCUACACUCUCACCUAUGGUAAACUAUGGACACGCAGUCAAAAACUGGCCUACACCCUUCUCAACAAGCUUAGCACAAGGAAUGAACCUUUGCUUAUGCCAGGAGAUAGGGUUGCACUUGUGUUCCCCAACAAUGACCCUGUGAUGUUCAUGGUGGCUUUCUAUGGCUGUCUACUGGCAGAGUUGGUGCCUGUACCCAUUGAAGUGCCGUUAACCAGAAAGGAUGCUGGAAGUCAACAAAUUGGCUUUCUGCUUGGCAGCUGCGGGGUGACGCUGGCUCUUACUACUGACGCUUGUCAGAAAGGUUUACCCAAAGCACAAACGGGAGAGGUAGCCACAUUCAAAGGCUGGCCGAGGUUGCUGUGGUUUGUGACAGAUGGAAAACACGUUGUGAAACCUCCUAAAGACUGGCAUCCUCCAAUACGCGAAGCAAGCAAUGACAUAGCCUACAUAGAAUAUAAAACCAGCAAGGAGGGAAGCACCAUGGGGAUCACAGUGAGCCAUUCAGCUAUGCUCGCUCACUGUCACGCUCUCACACAAGCCUGCGGCUACACUGAAGCGGAAACUAUAACCAAUGUGCUGGACUUCAAAAGAGAAGCAGGUUUAUGGCAUGGGGUUCUCACUAGCGUUAUGAAUAGGAUGCAUGUGAUCAGCAUUCCUUAUUCUCUGAUGAAAGUUAACCCCCUUUCAUGGAUACAGAAAGUUCAUGCGUAUAAAGCACGGGUGGCCGUAGUGAAGUCAAGGGAUAUGCACUGGUCACUGCUGGCUCAAAGGGACCAGAGAGAUAUCAGCUUGAGCUCACUCCGCAUGCUGAUUGUCGCUGAUGGAGCCAACCCAUGGUCAAUAUCUUCCUGCGAUGCCUUUCUCAACGUGUUCCAGGCACGUGGGCUGCGACCUGAAGUGAUCUGUCCAUGUGCCAGUUCUUCAGAAGCUAUGACUGUCGCCAUCCGCAGACCUCCAGAGAUGAGCGUCCCUUCACCAGGCAAGGCGGUGCUGUCUAUGGGUGGGCUGAGCCAUAGUGUGAUCCGCGUGGACACCGAGGAGAAGCUCUCUGUCCUGACAGUGCAGGACGUUGGGCAGGUCAUGCCUGGAGCCUUGGUGUGCGUGGUGCGGGCGGAAGGAACGCCAUACUUGUGUCAGACAGACGAGGUAGGAGAAAUCUGCGUGAGCUCGAAGUGCACGGGUGCGGCCUAUUACGGCCUUCAGGGCAUGACCAAGAACAUAUUUGAGACCAUUCCAGUCACGUCGGCUGGCAUUCCAGUCAGUGACCGAACGUUCACCAGGACAUCACUGCUUGGUUUUGUGGGACCAGACAGCCUCGUGUUUGUUGUCGGGAAGAUGGAUGGAUUGAUGGUGGUCAGUGGGCGGAGACAUAACGCUGAUGACGUGGUUGCCACAGCGCUGGCGGUGGAACCCAUGAAAUUUGUUUACAGAGGGAGAAUAGCUGUGUUUUCCGUGUCGGUGCUGCACGACGAGAGAAUUGUCGUCGUGGCAGAGCAGAGACCGGAUGCUUCAGAGGAAGAUAGCUUCCAGUGGAUGAGCCGUGUGCUCCAGGCCAUAGAUAGCAUCCAUCAGGUGGGUGUGUACUGUUUGGCACUGGUGCCUGCCAACACACUUCCCAAGGCUCCCCUGGGUGGCAUCCACAUAUCGGAGACCAAACAGCGCUUCCUGGAGGGCGCCUUGCAUCCCUGCAACGUCCUAAUGUGCCCUCACACGUGCGUCACCAACCUGCCCAAGCCGAGGCAAAAGCAGCCGGAGGUCGGCCCCGCUUCUAUGAUUGUUGGCAACCUGGUGGCAGGGAAGAGAAUAGCGCAGGCCUGUGGGAGAGACGUAACCCAGUUGGAAGACAAUGAGCAGUUCCUCUACAUUCAAGAUGUGCUACAGUGGAGAGCGCAGGCCACUCCAGACCAUCCUCUAUUCCUUGUUCUCAAUGCGAAGGGCACGGUGGCAAGUGCGGCGUCCUGUCUGCAGCUUCACAAACGCGCCGAACGCGUGGCUGCGGCUCUGAUGGGACGCCUCAACACAGGGGAUCAUGUUGCACUUGUUUACACACCAGGGAUUGACUUAAUUGCCACCUUUUAUGGCUGCUUGUAUGCCGGCUGUGUACCGGUCACGGUCAGACCUCCACAUCCACAGAACCUUGCCACCACCCUUCCUACCGUCAAGAUGAUUGUUGAGGUCAGUAAGUCGGUAUGUAUUUUGACUACUCAAGCAAUAAUGAAGCUGCUGAAAUCCAAAGAGGCUGCUGCUGCAGUAGACGUAAAGAGCUGGCCCAUGGUGCUGGACACAGAUGACCUCCCCAGGAAAAAAAGUCCUCAGAUCUAUAAGCCUCCAACCCCGGAGAUGUUAGCCUACUUGGACUUUAGCGUUUCCACCACAGGCAUCCUGGCAGGAGUCAAGAUGUCCCAUGCGGCCACCGGUGCCUUGUGCCGCUCCAUCAAACUGCAGUGUGAGCUCUACCCUUCCCGCCAGAUAGCCAUCUGUCUGGACCCUUAUUGUGGCCUGGGAUUUGCACUCUGGUGCCUGUGCAGUGUGUACUCUGGCCACCAGUCCAUCUUGGUUCCCCCUCUAGAGCUGGAAAGCAAUGUAUCGGUGUGGCUGGCGGCAGUCAGCCAGUACAAAGUACGCGUUACCUUCUGUUCCUACUCAGUUAUGGAAAUGUGCACAAAAGGCCUGGGCUCGCAGACGGAAGCAUUGCGGUUGCGGAAUGUCAACCUGUCGUGCGUGCGCACGUGCAUGGUGGUCGCAGAGGAGCGUCCUCGCAUCGCGCUCACACAGUCGUUCUCCAAAAUCUUUAAGGACCUCGGGCUUUCUGCGCGUGCUGUCAGCACCACCUUUGGCUGCAGGGUGAACGUUGCCAUCUGUUUGCAGCCCAACAGGUUAGGGAAACUGGUGGAGCAGGGCACAGCCGGUCCGGACCCCACUACAGUUUACGUGGACAUGAGGGCUCUGCGACACGACAGAGUUCGUCUAGUUGAGAGGGGGUCUCCGCACAGUUUACCACUAAUGGAAUCCGGCAAGAUCCUUCCUGGAGUUAAAGUGAUUAUCGCCAACACUGAAACUAAGGGGCCUUUGGGAGACUCUCAUCUUGGAGAGAUCUGGGUGAGCAGUCCUCACAACGCGACGGGCUACUACACCGUCUACGGAGAGGAGGCGCUGCACGCGGACCACUUUAACACCAAGCUAAGCUUUGGGGACACGCACACCGUGUGGGCAAGAACGGGCUAUUUGGGUUUCCUGCGGCGCACAGAGUUGACUGACGCCAGCGGAGAGCGCCACGACGCCCUCUACGUGGUGGGCUCUGUUGACGAGACGCUUGAACUGAGAGGAAUGAGGUACCACCCAAUUGACAUCGAGACCUCCGUCAUCCGCUCCCAUAAGAGCAUCGCUGAGUGCGCUGUGUUCACUUGGACCAACCUGCUAGUGGUGGUGGUGGAGCUGGAGGGCUCCGAGCAAGAGGCCCUGGACCUGGUAGCUCUUGUCACCAACGUGGUGCUGGAGGAGCACUACCUCAUCGUGGGCGUGGUGGUGGUGGUUGACCCCGGCGUCAUCCCCAUUAAUUCCAGAGGGGAAAAGCAACGCAUGCACCUGCGGGACGGAUUCUUAGCCGACCAACUGGACCCGAUUUAUGUUGCAUACAACAUGUGAAGCCAGUGAUUCCUCAAGACCCAAGCGUGGAUGACGCCGCAACCACAACGGUUGCAUUCAUUAGUUAACAGAACACUGGCGACAAUGUUGCGUGGGAUUGUUUAGGGUUUUGUCUGCCAGGUACAGUGGAGAAAAAAGUCUACACACCCCUGUUGAAUGCCGGUAUAUGAACUGUAACAACACUUCUUAUUUUUUAAGGAGGGGAAGUAAAAACACUCCUCCAGCAAACCAGGCUGAAUCGCAGUCAGUGAAGAGUUAUGUUUCAGUAGCAUUGAGCUAAUGGUGAAAAUUAUAUGAAAAGAUCUAUUAAGGUUGAAUUUAUCACCAAAUUCAGGCUCUGUAACAGCAGUAUGUAGACUUUUGUGUUUGACUCAUCAGCUGCCUUUGAAGGUGACAGACGUCCAAUCGUGGCUCAUUUCACGAGUAGACGUCCAAUCCAUUAGCACCACUCUUCAAUUUAAAAUGAAAUGGGCGUCUAUCACCGACAAUUGCAAUGAGGAAAGAGUUUAACGUAGGGAUGGGCAUUUAACUACAUUUUCUUUUAUUUGUAUUGGGAUAGGAGAGUAUGACUCGGAAUGUUCUGCUGCUGUUUCCAUGCCAGUUUUUCACAGACUAACGCUGCCUGGAGUUGUGCCAUAGCGGAGGCCUAGCUCAACAUAAGUUUUUCCCUUCUUCAGGAUGCAAAGUAGUUGAGAAUGGAUCAACAGCACUACCGCACACUCCACUUUUGCCUGAAUUCUUAGGAAUAAAUACCUUGUGUGUUAUGCCCAUCCCUGUGACAGAUGUGGUCUCACUCAAAUCUGUGUGAUAUAGUUUUGUUUGUUCCUUUUUAUUGUACACUCAAUGCAAUAUGACUGAUGUAAAAAAAAAAAAAAAAAAAAAGUAUGUGGCUUUGGAAUGACGCAGUGUCCAGAUGGCAAGGACCAGCCAUGCCUGAAGUGUUUCUUCUCCCCCAGUUCUGCUUGAAUUUGAUUUUGUCCAGUUUAGCGAGGACGACGUAUGCAGAAAAGAAAUACAGGGGGUUCUUGGUUUUCUGGCAGCAAAUGAGCAGGCCUCCAUUCCCCUCGUGACCUUAUUCUUUCUUCGCUUCUCAUUUUGAACCUUGAAAUUUUCUAUGUAUGAGGACCCUCUGUAUUUAACGCUUGCCCCUGUGGCACCUACACUGCUGGCCAAAAGUAUUGGCACCCCUGCAAUUCUGUCAGAUAAUGCUCAAUUCAUCCCAGAAAAUGAUUGCAAGUACAAAUGCUUUGGUAGUUAUAUCUUUAUUUAUUUUGUUUGCAAUGAAGAAACACAAAAGAGAAUGGGAAAAAAAUUCAAUCAUUAUUAUUUUACGCAAAACUCCAAAAAUGGGCCGGACAAAAGUAUUGGCACCCUUUGAAAAAUCAUGUGAUGCUUAUCUAAUUGAUGUAAAUAACAGAACCUUUUACUUACAUUUGGCACAUAACAGGAGGUGGCAAUAACUAAAUCACACUUGCAGUCAGUUAAAAUGGAUUAAAGUUGACUCAACCUCUGUCCUGCGUCCUCACGUAUACUACAUUGAGCAUGGAGAAAAGAACACCAAAUAACUGUCUGAGGACUUGAGAAGCAAAAUUGUGAGGGAGCAUGGGCAAUCUCAAGGCUACAAGUCCAUCUCCAAAAACCUGAAUUUUCCUGUGUCUACCGUGCGCAGUGUCAUCAAUAAGUGUUAACCCCCAUGGUACUGUGGCUAACCCCUCUAUAUGUAGACGUAAAAGAAAAUGAGAGAUUUCAACGAAAGAUUGUGCGGAUGGUGGAUAAAGAACCUUGACUAACAUCCAAACAAGUUCAAGCUGUCCUGCAGUCCGAGGGUACAACAGUGUCAAGCCAUACUAUCAGUCGGCGUCUGAAUGAAAAGGGACUCCAUGGUAGGAUACCCAGGAAAACCCCACUUCUGACCCAGAGGAAUAAAAAAGCCAGGCUGGAGUUUGCCAAAACUUACCUAAGAAAGCAAAAACGUUUUGGAAGAAUGUUCCCUGAUCAGAUGAGACAAAAGUAGAGCUUUUUGGGAAAGGCAUCAAGAUAAGAGUUUACAGGGGGGAAAAACUAGGCCUUCAAAGAAGAGAACACGGUCCCCACAGUCAAACGUGGGGGAGGUUCCCGAUGUUUUGGGGUUGCUUUGCUGCCUCUGGUACUUGACUGCUUGACCGAUGGCAUUAUGAAGUCUGAAGACUACCAACUAAUUUUGCAGCAGGACCCUGUUACUGUAGGACCCAGUGUGAGAAAGCUGGGUCUCAUUCACAGGUCAUGGGUCUUCCAGUAGGACAAUGACCCAUUACACACUUCAAAAAGCACUAGAAAACGGUUUGAGAGAAAGCAUUGGAGACUUCUAAAGUGGCCAGCAAUGAGUCCAGACCUGAAUCCCAUAGAACACCUGUGGAGAGAUCUGAAAAGGCACCCUUCAAAUCUCAGAGACCUGGAGCAGUUGGCCAAAGAAGAAUGGUCUAAAAUUCCAGCAGAGCAUUGUAAGAAACUAACAUCAACUAACAACUUCGGAAAGACCCAGGUAAUAAUUGAUGGAUACCGGAAGCGGUUGUUCGCAGUUAUUUUGUCUAAAGGUUGUGCUACCAAGUAUUAGGCUGAGGGUGUCCAUAUUAAUGUCCGGCCCAUUUUUGGAGUUUUGUGUUAAAUGAUAAUGAUUUCAUUUUUUUUUUCUCCAUUCUCUUUUGUAUUUUUUCAUUGCAAGCACAAUAAAUGAAGAUAUUACUACCAAAGCAUUUGUAAUUGCAUUCAUUGUCUGGGAGAAAUUGAGCAUUAUCUGACAGAAUUGCAGGGGUGCCAACACUUUUGGCCAGCAGUGUACAAUCAUGCAAAUGUGAGCAUACUUGAUCCUCAGUCAGCCACUACAUGCAAAACUAUAUGCAUUACACUACGUGCAAAUGGUUCAGGAUUUCAUGUUUUGUGGUGAUAUUUCAGGAUGAAAUUUACUCAUUCAUUGCCACUGACUGCAGCCAAUAUGAAAUUACAUUAGAGGGGGGAAAUUUCAUGUCCAUCCCAACGGAAAAAAAUCUAUAACAAUUUCAUUUUUAUGUCAUUGUGAAAAUAAGUAGUUCCAGGUGGCCACCCGACACGUGGGCAGCCAUUUUUUUUUACCUUUUUAGCCAAUGAAAUGCGUGUCCCAAGUUGCCCGCCUUUCCUCCGUAAAUCCGGGCUACAACUGGGCUAAAAAGUAACAUUAAGUGCAGGAAAAAUGUAACUCACCAUAUUUUUUUAACAGCGGCCUCUCCUAAAACUUUUCAGCAAAUAUCCUUGGUCGCAGGCACAAUUUUUCCCGUCAAAAAGCUGUCCAAAGCCGUCACCGCCUGCAGCACACAGCCAACAGUAGCUAACGUUACAGUUUACAUUGACACUGGGCUGCUGUAGAUGUGCAAACACCUCAGUAAUGGCGACCAACCACUAGAGGGCGAUGCAAGCAAAUCUCUACUAGAAUUAGUCGAGAGGCACAAGCCAGAUUGCGGUCGUUAACAAAUUUAUUUAUUUCUCUGCAGCUCGGUAGCAAAGGCGCCACGGACCUACAGUAUACCGGGCCCCGGUGGUUGGGAUUGACAUUAAAUGGCUGCGGUGUUAUUUUUUGUGUUUAACACUAACUAAGGAAAUGGGCUACUGUUGAAACAGCAUUAUAUAUUAACUUUUUGGCAUCUGUUGACGGUUCUAGGCAUCCAAUUCAUUUGGACUAAGCAGCAUUUUCUAAAUCCUGAACAUUUUCCAAGUAGUGUACUUUUGUUUUUUACUACCAACUGCGAUGUGUGUUGUUUUGUGAAAGGCAGUUUGAUGCACAAUUUUCACAGCCUUUGUUUUCAGUGCCAUGAAGGUCGAGCGAUUGUCACGUUGCAUGUGCCUCCUUCUGCCUCUUUGUAAAAAUUCCUUUGUUGCUGCUGUGACUUCGAAAAGGCCUCGAGCAUGCGCCAAGUAUGUACAAGUUUGACGUAAAUGGCUAAUCAACACGGGGAGAUGUAACACAAACUGAACGAAUAUGUAAAUAUGUCCACAACAAAAUCCCAAUUCGAGGAAAGGAUACAAAGUGUUUUUUAUAGGACGAACAUACAGGAAGCUAGCAAAGUAGCAGACGACCCUUCUGCUCAGGUGAUGAGAUACAUGUUGUAUAACGUGGAAAUACAUUUUGUCUGAUAUACGAUAAGGUGUCAUUAUUUUCAUAACACUAUUUCUUAAUGAAUAAAAUAAUGAUUUUAACUUAA